GCUCAGCCCUUUUGGCUCAAGGGCGCAUCCCUUCGGCCUCCGAGCGUGACCGCGUUGCGGCUUGCCCUGCUGAACCCGGGGCCCUCGUCCCUGCCCCUUCCGAAGAGAUGGCCAUGAGCUGUGAGGCCGAUACCGUCGUGGACAUGAUCUACAAGCCAGAGAUCAAUGUGGAGCUGCCCGACACCAGGAUGAACGCGAAGGGCAUGGAAGCCGUCGGGCCCAAGACCUCGCCCGAGACUGGUGCGCGGCACCCCCUGGAGAAGCUCCUGGUGGACAACGCGAAGCGCGCCGAGCAGCAGGAGAUGAUGGCGAAGUCCGUGGUGUUCGGCCAGCACGCCCCCAUCCGAGCCAAGAUGGAGCGCGAGCUGAUGGCGCAGUUCCAGCGCCUGCCUGGCCUGCCCUCGUCCAUGAUGGGCCUCGAGACCGUGCUCGGCCUGGACACCACCAUCGAGUGGGAGGGUUGCCCCAACGGCUUCGCGAUCUGGCCGUCGGAGAACGCGCAUGCCAGCGGCGGCGAGGGCGUUGACGAAAAUCGGCAUGCAGGCCCACUGCUUCUCGCGCGCCUCUUCGAGCACCCCCCGGAGGAUGUCUUCAACCGCGAGGAGGACGCGCCCAUGCCGCGGACGGUCGGCCCCAACUUCCCCGUGCACCGCGUGAUGGAGAAGCGCCUCAACAUGCGCUUCUGAGCGGGCCCGCCGCGGCGAGAGCAACGGCGAGGCGCCCCAGCUUCCCGGCGGCGGAGCGCAUAGAGAGAGCGAGGAGGAGGAAAUUUCUGCCGCCGCCGCGCGCAGGGCAC